AUGUUCGGCCGGCUCACGCACUAUGCCCUCGACGCCGUCCUCAUUGCCAUGGUGCUCGCCGGCAUCAAGCGCUCGACCGGGCUCGCACCUGCGCUCGCCAAGAUCAAGAACCGCGACCUGCGAGCCCUCGCGUCGAGCUACCUCGAGCUCGGCGAGUGGGCCAUGGACUUCUCGGUCGUCUUCAUGGGUCGAUCGUCGGCCUUCCAGCGGAACCGCUAA